AUGGAAUCGCCAAGAACCCACGCAAAUGGAAUCCCAGGGAAAGAAAAAACGAUCGAGUACGUACACAAAGUACCGUCUGAAGAGGAGAAGACUACGUCACCUCUGCUCAACAAUGCGAAUGAUGUCAAGUACAUAGAUUCAGCCAACGAUGAAAAUCACGCUGGGAACGAUUUGAAGUUAACGGAGAAUCACUUGAAUUCAAAGCAGACCGAGACCAAAGAAGAGAAAAGCCCGAACCAUCUUUCCGUUGGUUACCACAAGGGCGGUGACGAAGAGGACGACGAAAAGUCGAAUAAUGAAGGGGUCAAGUUUUUUGGGCUGGACGAUGCCGACAGCAUCUGUUCCAGCAAGCCCUCCGCCGAUCAGCUGCCGGAGAUACCGGACGGUGGCUGGGGUUGGGUGGUCGUCGCGGCUUCGUUUCUCAUCGCGACGGUUGCCGAUGGCUUGGCGUUCUCCUACGGCCUAAUUCAUAAUGAGUUCGUUGAUUUCUUUCACAAGAGUGAAGCGAAGACUUCACUCAUCGGAAGUCUAUUUAUCUCCGUACCGCUCAUAGCGGGUCCGAUUAUGAGCGCUCUGGUGGACAGAUACGGCUGCCGAAGUAUGACGAUCGUCGGUGGUGUAGCCGCCACGAUCGGCUUUGUUGCCGCUGCGUUCUGCAACUCAGUGGAAGCUUUAUAUGUCACGUACGGCAUUGUCGCCGGAUUGGGAAUGGGCUUGCUAUACGUGACUGCUGUCGUCUCGAUAGCGUAUUGGUUCGACAAGCGUCGGAACUUAGCGGUGGGUUUAGGGUCCUGCGGUGUGGGUUUUGGCACUUUUAUUUACUCCCCCUUAACGACGUACUUACUGGAAGAAUACGGUUGGAGAGGAGCUCUUCUAUUACUUGCGGGCACUGUACUUAACGUUUGUAUAUGUGGCGCUGUUAUGAGGGACCCGGAAUGGUUGAUUAUGGAGCAGAAGAAACAAAGGAAAUUGAGCAAAUCCAAAAGGGCAUCCAGCUUUAUGUCUGUAUCAGCGAAAUCAGGCGGUGGUGAGUCCGUCUAUCCCGGUGUGGAAGAGUUGAAGACGUUAUUAAAGAGCGGCGAGACACCGGAAUAUAUAUUGACGACCCUCGUUGCAUCCAUCGCUCAGUCCGAAACGUUGGAGGCCGCAACGAAGAUGAACGCCGAACUCACUCAACAGAGCAAAGUGAGCUCCGUUAUCAAUCUACCAACUUUUUUGAGGCAAAGCGAAAAGGUGCCAGCCGAGGUCUUAGAGCAGCUGGUGUCAAACAAACGCCUCUACAACAUAAUCCUGACUAAUUAUCCAUCACUGCUCGCGCUACGUAGUAACUCGGAGCAGAAGUUGGCGAUUGAACCGAUGCCGGAGGCGUCGAAGGCGAAGCCCGUAACCAUGUCCAUGAAGCUGAAACUGAACAAGAAGGAGAAGAAAGCUUUUGAGAAAAAACUCGACCAUGUGAGGGAGCAACUUUUGCAGCCGAUACCGGAGAACAAGCCGGUCGUGAUGCCGCCUAGGACGGCGCGCCAGGACUGGUUCACCAGGCAAUUCCAGACCGACCACCACUACCUGCGCGACAUUAGGGUGCACCGUAACUCAAUCAUGCACCGCGGCGCCAUGAUGAAUAUCGCCAAAUACAAGCUACGCGCUUCGUCGUGUCCGGACAUUUACAGAAAUUCCAUGUGGUCAAUGGAGGACCAGGAGGAGAAGACUUGGGGUAGACGUUUCUUGUCUUUGCUGAACAAGACGUUUGACUUCAACAUGUUCACGGAGUUCCAUUUUCUCAUGAUGAAUGUGUCAACUCUAGUCCUCUUCAUAUGGUUCAUAGUUCCGUACUUUUAUAUCGCCAAUUUUAUGACCAUGAAUGGGUUUUCCGAGACGCAAGGGUCCCUCAUGCUGAGUAUAUUUGGUGUCGCCACAAUCAUUGGCAUUGUCGGCCUCGGUUGGAUGGGUGACCUGCCUUGGGUUAACGUGACCAAAACUUACGCGCUGUGCUUGAUCAUCUGCGGCAUCACGAUCAUCCUGUUUCCCAUACUGAUUCGAGUGAUCGAUGCCAACGAAAUGUACAGCUUCUACAUACUGGCCUUGAAUGCGGUCAUAUUCGGUCUGACAUUUUCGAGUUCCUAUUCCUACACGCCGAGUAUCCUCGUGGAGCUGAUUGCCCUCGAGCGGUUCACUAUGGCCUACGGGCUGGUGCUGUUGUGUCAGGGUCUUGGUCAUCUGAUAGGACCGCCGAUGGCCGGCGCUCUAAAAGACAGGACCGGAUAUUGGGACGCGGCAUUCUACGUCGCCGGUAUAUGGGUCGUUGUCUCUGGUUUGUUAGUCGGAGUAAUACCGUACACGAAGAAUUUCCGCAUCUGUGGUAACGCACCACUCGCUAAGGAUGCUGCCGGCGAACCAGAUCCAGGAGUUAAAAUUAUUAUUGCCCAU